CAAGGACGGAUGCCGCUGACCGGGUCCAACUUCGCCAGAUAGAAGCAUCCAACCAGGCUAUUGCUCACUUCGUCCAUCAACAGAAGACGAGAGCGGGGGCGAGAGGCGACCAUCAAUCCGUGCACGGGAGAAGGAGGCCGUAGAGGUUGCUGCGCCCGUCUCUGCAUCGCCAUCCACCAUGGCGCCAGUCUGUACGGCCUCGCAGAUCAACCUCUUGAUCUAUCACUACCUCAAGGAGUCAGGCUUCCACCACAGCUGCUUCUCGCUCAGACACGAGAGCCGGCUCGAUGAGGAGCCGCUGAGCAAAGAGGCCGUCAUCGAGCCCGGCCAGCUCGUCAAGGUGCUCCAAAAGGGCCUCCUGUAUCUCGCCGUCGAAGCCCAUGUCAAUCCGGACGGAAGCGAGAAGCCAUGUUCGGCCGCCUUUUCCCUCGUGGGACCCGCACACGUCUGCGACGGCCAGCCGAGACCAACGCCGUCCAAGGAGACGACGCCGGUGCCAAGGAAGCUCACGCCAUCGCCACCACCGGCCGAAGUGAGCACGCGCAAGGAGAUGUCGGUGCAGACGCAGGCCGAUCGAGUCGGAGGCGGAGGCGAGUCGUCGAGAAAGAGUACGUCGCGGGCCUCGUCGAUGGGUGCGCCUUCGCCAGGCACCUUGGCCAAGGUCAAUGGGCUCCAUCCAGGCACAGCAGAGGCAGGGACAGGGACAGGGACAGGCUCCACAGCGGCAGAGGAGGCUGUCGCAUCGACGUCGACGUCGUCGCAGCUUGCAUCGUCAAAGACGAAGCUCGAUGCAGAUAGCCCGAGAGAGACGACGCCCGGACCAUCGUCUUCGAAGAGAAAGACUGCCAAGUCAGGCGGCGGAGCCAGUCGUAACGAGAAGAGAGCGAGGAGGGAUACGACCGAGGAAGCGUCUGGUUCAGCAAGGGGAAUCAACGGCCGGGGAUCCGUGCCCAAUGCCGCCUCAGGGGAAGAGGAGGACAAUGCAGCUGCCGAGGGCGACGAGGAAGAGGAUGACGCGCCGACACCACGAAGCGGCAGCAACGGCCACGGCAAUGGGGGCCGAAACGGCAAGGGUCCUGGCGGAGGCAAAGGCAAGACGGCGGCUGCUGCCCAAGCCUCAGCUGUCGACGAAGUCCGGGGACCAGCUGGCAAGAAAAAGAAGAAGAAGAAGAACGCCAGCGACGAGUCGUCUGCAGCAAAUGCAUCGCCGUCCGCAGCGUUAAAAGAGUCAAAGGCAGCCAAGGCAGCCGAGGCGAAUCGGAUACCGACGCUGAGCGCAGUAGCAAAGAGCAAGGAGGUGGCCGACACCGACGUGUUCCGCUUCCGUGGACAUUCUGCCGAGGUCUUCUUGUCGGCCUGGAACCCGACGGUGCCCGGCCUGCUGGCCACGGGCGCCGGCGACGCAACAGUGCGCAUCUGGGACCUUGGCUCAGCCAUAAUCGCAGAGGCCGACGGCGUCGAAAGUGCCGUCGAUGCAGCGCCACCGCCGGCAGUGUGCAAGCACCUGCCAGCGACGCACUCCAAGGACGUCAGUGCGCUCAGCUGGAACCCCGACGGGACGCUGCUGGCGAGCGGGUCCUACGACGGCAUCCUCCGGCUCUGGACCCCGCAGGGCGACCUGCACCUUGUCAUGUCGAUGCAUCAGGGCCCCAUCUUUGGCGUUCGAUGGAACCGCAAGGGCAACCUCAUCCUCACUGGCUCUGCCGACGGCACGGCCAUCGUGUGGGACCUGGGGAGCGGCAAAGUGCGGCAGCAGUACAGCCUGCACUCUGACUCGGUCCUCGACAUUGACUGGAUGACAGGCUCGAUGAGCGACAGCCAGCCAGGCAUGGGCGACGAUGCGACGUUUGCCACGUGCAGCGCCGACAACAGCGUCAACAUUCUCCGCAUCGGCGAGACCAAGCCGGUCAAGACACUGCGGGGCCACGACGACGAGGUCAAUGCGAUCCGCUUCGACCCCACCGGCAGCCUCCUGGCCUCGGUCUCGGACGACAUGACGGCGCGCAUCUGGAGCAUGGACGCCAUCCUCGCCUCGUCGUCGGCCAGCGGCGUUGCCUCGUCGCUCAGCGACGUCAAGGUCAGCAAGCGUGAGCGCUCAACGCCCAGGCCCUCGGCGCGGGGCGGCAGUGCAGACAUGGACGUCGAUGAGGAGUCGACGACACAGGCAACCGAUGCGACGGCGGCCGCUGCGUCUUCUUCAACCUCUCAUAUUCAAGCAGAGUCUCAAGAUGCGGUCAACGGGUCUUCCUCCUCCUCAUCAUUGGCAGCAUCGGCAGCGGGGUCGAACCGCAGCGAGCUGUGCAGGCAUGUCCUCAAGGGCCACACCAAGGAAAUCUACGCCGUGGCCUGGGCACCCAAGAGGUCCGAUGGCGGCCCACGUCUCCUGGCGACGGCCUCCUUUGACGCAACGGCCCGCAUCUGGAAUGCCGACAACGGCAGCUGUCUCCGCGUCGUCGACCAGCACACGGACUCGGUCUACAGCGUGUGCUUCAGCCCCGAUGCACGCUUCCUCGUCACUGGAGGCAUGGACCACCGGCUCUUUGUCACGAGCGUCGCCGACGGCAGCCUCGUCAAGGCCUAUGCCGGCACCGGCGGCAUCUUUGAUGUCACCUGGCACGUUCAGCGCACUUCUGGUCAGGACGACCAGGUCAAGAGCGGUAGCGGCGCCCCGAUGCAGGAAGAAGAGGAGGAGCAGAAGCCGCAGCAAUCCGACCAGGCCCCGAACCAAUCGCAGGAGGAGAAGCGCGGCAGUCUGUCAUCUUCAAACAAGCAACACCUUGCCCUUUCACAGGCCGACCGGACCCUGGUGGUGCUCGACGUAAGCGACUUGGCUUCGUCGUAGCUUCCUCUCUACUCUUUCUCUCUCCCUUCUUCUUCUCAUUUCUAGUCUCUUCUUUCUAUCUCUCUUUUCCUCGCUUCUCUCUUCUUUCCUCUCUCCUCUGCGUGUACAAGUAUGAGUAUCAGUAGCAGUAUCUUGGGUAGUAUCUCUCUUCAUCAUCUCCUUCGCCUCGCCCACCCUCGAUUUCUUUCCUCGUUGUAUUCUUCC